AUGACCAAAAAAAGGAGAAACAACGGUCAUGCCAAAAAGGGCCGCGGCCAUGUGCAGCCAAUUCGCUGCACUAACUGCGCCCGCUGUGUGCCCAAGGACAAGGCCAUUAAGAAGUUCGUCAUUCGGAACAUCGUAGAGGCGCCUGCCGUCAGGGACAUAUCCGAAGCGAGUGUCUUCGACGCCUAUGUGCUCCCCAAAUUCUAUGUCAAGCUGCAUUACUGUGUGAGCUGUGCUAUUCAUAGCAAGGUAGUCAGGAAUCGAUCUCGGGAAGCUCGGAAGGACCGAACAUCCCCACCACAAUUUAGACCUGCUGGUGCUGCACCGUGACCUCCACCAAAGCCC